AUGUUUGCUACUUCGAAUGCCCCCAAUGCGGCACUUGUCACCCCAGGGUCUUUGCCUGGAGCUUUUGGCUCCAUGAGCGGUGCUGGGCUGCCCCAGGGUAGCCAUAAUGCCAACCCCAAUAACAACGCCAACAACGCCAACAACAACGCCAAUAACAACAUGCGCAACAGUUCAGGCAGCCUUAAUGUCAACCCUGGCGCGCCCGGUGUAGGCAAUGGCACACAAAACUCGCUGCACGCGCUCGACGAUCCCAACGUCUACCAUUGGAUCUGCCAGCUCACGUACGGACCCAACAAGGAGCAAGCGCUGCUGGAAUUGGGUCGCAAACGCGAACAGUACGAAGACCUCGCCGUGGUUCUGUGGUCGUCGUUCGGUGUUGUGGCAGCACUACUCAGCGAAAUCAUCUCCGUGUAUCCCAUGCUAUCGCCUCCGGUGCUCUCGAACCAGCUCAGCAACCGCGUCUGUAACGCAUUGGUGCUUUUGCAGUGCGUCGCGUCUCAUCCAGAGACCAAAACGCUCUUUCUACAAGCGCACAUUCCACUGUUGCUAUUCCCGUUCCUGAACACGACCUCGAGACAGCGAACCUUUGAAUAUCUGCGUUUGACCUCUCUGGGCGUUAUCGGAGCUCUGGUCAAGAACGACUCGACAGAGGUAAUAGCGUUUCUGCUGCGCACAGACAUCAUUCCGCUUUGUCUGCGUAUAAUGGAGUCGUCGUCCGAACUGUCCAAAACCGUGGCCAUUUUCAUUCUUCAGAAAAUCUUGUUGGACGACGCAGGUCUGCAGUACAUAUGCGCCACGCCCGAGAGAUUUCACGCGGUCUCGCAAGUGCUCACGUUCAUGGUCGAACAGCUAACUUUGCAGCAAACUCCGGGCCGUCUCUUGAAGCACGUGGUGAGAUGCUACUUGCGUCUCAGCGACAACCUCGAGGCCAGACGGCUGCUCAAACAGGUGCUUCCACGCCAACUGAAGGACAACACUUUUGGGGAAGUCUUGCGGGACGAUCUGGGCACCAAACGGUGUUUGGCACAACUGUUGCUAACGCUGAACGAGGACUGA